AUGAAAUUAAAUUAUAAUCUGAAUCCGGAAGAUCCAAAUUUAUCAGCGCGAGUUUUUAACUUCAGCAGGCCUAAAAGUGAAGACUUGGAGAAGGCUCUCUCAAGAAUUACUGCCAGCAUCUCAAAAGAAGUGAAUAAAAAGUUAUUUAAAUUAAACAAAAAGAAAAACAAAAAGAAUUCCGACAUUCAGGAGGAUAAUUCAGAUGUAGAUAGUGUCAAUAAAAAUGGCCGGGUAUGUGUAGAAGAUGAGAAUGUGUUAAAAAUUGAGCUAUAUAACAUUGAUAAUGAGCUUGUUGAUAGCAAGCUAACAAAUAAAGAGGCUUGGGUCCAAGGAUCGUAUUUGAAUUUAGGGAAUUUUCAAUUUAAAGUCGAUCUUAACCCCCCGGCUGUCACUGAAUUAUCUCUGCCAGUGGUACUGAUGUCAGGUUAUCCAAUAUAUGCCAACUUAUCUGUAGAAUUCACAGACACCAAAGAUUCAGACAUCAAGUGGUAUGUUGAAGUAAAAGAUUCUAACUCACUUAAUGAAUCCACCCAUGCUAAACCUAAAAAAAUUCCCAAAAGAUCACCAGAAAAUUGGUCACUGGUUUCAACCAAUCCAACUUUCCUACCAUCUGAUGUACAAGUUGGCCUCCAUAUUAAAAUAACUUGCCAACCUAAGAAUGGAGAGAGAUUAGGUGAAGAGGUUGAGGUCAUUUCCAAACAUCCAAUCAUUGAAGGCCCUAUCAAUUGCCCAUUUGAAAAAAGGCACCAACAUACUAAAUCAUUGACUAGUGAAGAUAGGUUUAGAGUUAUUAGUUACAACAUCUUGGCUGACCUUUAUGCAGAUUCAGACUUUUCAAGGUCAUUUCUAUUUCCAUACUGCCCACCACAGUUUCUGGACAUCAACUAUAGAAAACAGUUACUAAUUAAAGAAAUUAUUGGCUAUAAUGCCGACCUGAUCUGUCUGCAAGAAGUGGACAAAAAAAUAUUUGACCUCGAACUUCAGCCAAUUUUAGAAAAAUUAGACAUGGAAGGGCUCAUGAAAAUGAAAUUAGGAGAGGUUGCAGAGGGCUGUGCCACUUUUUUUAGGAGGUCAAAGUUCAAGUAUAUCGAAUCCUACGACAUUGGUCUCGCUGAAUACCUAGCUGGGAAUGAUUCAAAUAAGGAUAUAGUGGACAAAAUUUCAAAAAAUGCUAAAUUUUUUGAAAAGUUCACCAGCAGAAAUUCUGUUUUACAGACCACCUUAUUUCAGAGCCAUUCUGAUCCGACGAACUUCCUCAUUGUAGCUACAGUUCACCUAUAUUUUCAUCCUAGGGCUUCUAAUAUAAGACUGCUCCAAUCCCAUCUCUGCAUAAGCUAUCUGCAGACGUUGAUUGAAAGAAUAAAAAACAUUUCUCCAUCGCUGAUAUACUGUGGAGAUCUAAAUGCCUCUAGUAGCAGUGGGGUUCAUGAAUAUUUAUUAGGCAAGGAAGUCUCGCCAACUCAUGCUGAUUGGUUCUCAGGCGGUGAGGAAUAUGUACCUGACCUACAUUUAAAGCAUGAACUUGACCUUAUUAACGCCACUGGGUUUUCUCGCUACACGAAUUACGUUGGGGGUUUUAAUGGUUGCCUCGACUACAUAUACGCCUCGGGUUUGAAUGCACUGAAGGUCAUCCCUCUGCCCUCCCAUGAGGAGGUGACUGCACACACGGCUCUGCCCAAUCAGUAUUUUCCGUCUGAUCAUCUGGCCGUCGGUUGUGAAUUUGCUUGGAGGAGUGAUUCGAAGAUGAAUGUGGAUGAAUGA